GACCAUAGACCCACCGCCGGCAGCUGGACGGAACACUUGUGUGGGAGACUUGCGAGUCUGUGGCAAAGAAGGGAGCGCUGGAGCGCGUUCAUCGACCACCAAGACAGUACGGCUCUCUGACGCUCACAUGCUGCUCGUGUGAUGCCCGCCCGGCUUGGGGUCCACCGCUCGUCUUCUGCACUGCAUGCAUUCAAGCUUGUAAAUGAAAUAGGUGGCCGCGCGAAUUUUCUGCAUCUGCCAUUCCGAUUCGCUACCAACACCCCGCGAAACUACACACAGAGCAAGAGCCAGAGCAGGACACACGUAGCGCGCAGGAUGGACGCCGUCGCUCGUUUCGAUGGCUGGAGCCACGAAGCGCUCGUCGAUCGCAUCGUCGCACUCGAAAGCGCCGUCAGCCGGGAAAACGCGAGACGUAGCUGGGGCGCGAGCGUUGCUGGAGCUGGACUUUGCGUCCCGAACGGACAAGGAUCUUCACGACCGUCCGCUCUUUUGAAUUCCGAGCCAAAUCCAGAGCAGGAGCAGUCGCAACGCAAGCCAAAAGCGGCCGCCAAAGUGCGAGAGUUCGACGUCACAUCUCAGCCGUGUCGCAAAAUUGCCCUCCGCUUUAGCUAUGACGGUGCGCCAUAUGCAGGUCUGGCGGCGCAGUCCACUUUUGGGGACGACCCUGCGCCUGCAGCUUCUGCGCUCGCGUAUGCGUGCAGAUCUGCUGAUGCCGACGGCGCCGAUGCACGCGCCAGCACACUCAUGUCCACUUCCCUCCCAACGGUCGAGGGACAGCUCUGGCGCGCCCUCUGCGAAGCACGCCUCGUCGACCCCGUGGGAGGCAUGGAAGGAGCAGGGUGGACACGCUGCGGGCGUACAGAUCGCGGCGUCAGCGCUGCAGGCCAAGUCGUGAGUCUGUGGGUGCGCAGUCGCAGGGUGGACCAGUGGGCACAGCGACAAGAGCAGAGGGGAGUAUUCCUGCGCAAGAGCGGAAGAGACGAGGAGGUGACGCAGCUGCAAGAAGAGCGCAGUGUAGAGACAGAAGAAGCACCGUUCGUGCCUGCGAACGAAGAGCUACCGUAUGUGGCAACGCUCAACCGUCUACUGCCACCGACGAUCCGGAUACAAGCCUGGUCGCCCGUCCGUCCGGACUUCUCCGCACGCUUCGAUUGCCGCUAUCGGCACUACAAGUACUUCUUCACAUCCGGUGCACCGCGCGCGCUGCAGUCGCUCCACCCAGAUGGCGCCGCGGCGCCCGGAUGGAACCAUGCGGGCGCACAACUGGACAUUGAUGCGAUGCGCGAUGCAGCAUGUCGCCUCCUGGGAGAGCAUGACUUCCGCAAUCUGUGCAAGAUCGAUAGUAGCAAGCAGAUCGACAAUUUUCGGCGCAGGAUUGAUGGUGUCAGCGUCGAUGUGGUCGAGCCUGGCUGGCCAGCACGCACGGUGCAGCAGCAGCUAAAUCGCUCCGAAGGAUCACCACCUUCUGUUUGUCUUGACGCCAUCGCCCAGGGCCAGGAAGAGCGCAUGUACGUCCUCAACUUGCGUGGAACCGCCUUUCUGUACCACCAAGUGCGUCACAUCGUUGCGGUUCUCUUUAUGGUUGGCGCGCGCCUCGAGUCACCCAGUGUAGUCGACGAGCUACUCAACGUUCAUUCAGGCGCCCUUGUUGCCGAUCGUCUCGCCUUGCGAGCGAGGGCGAUACGCACAGGCGUAGACGCUCCGCCAGAUAGCCCAUCGCGCUGGACACUACCUAAUUCCACAGCGACAGGCAUGCAGGGCAAAACCGCAGCUGAUGUACAGCGUGACGUGCUCGCCAGCGCUGGCGCUGACACGAGUACAGAGACGGCCGUAUCCGACAAAGAUGUGCAGGAGGUUUCGGAAGCCUAUCAACACCUUGCCGUCCUGGAAAGCAAGCCAGUGUACGAGAUGGCCGCAGACCGGCCGUUGGUGCUCUGGGACUGCGGCUUCAAGCCCGAGGACAUACAAUGGCGUGCUGGGGCCUGCGACGAGCCGCUAUCACCGCGCCCGACGUCGACGACGAUAGGAGGUGAUCCGGGUGGAGGCACGGACAUCGUAAAGGCCAUUGCGCAGAGCUGUGACAGGACAGCAGCGACGACGACAAUGCACCUGCACUCGCAAUGGGCCAAGGCUGCUAUCCAAGCCGAGCUGAAGCGCCACUUUGUGCUCGCCGCGCCGUCGUCGGCCAGCGGCGGCGUCCUGCCCGCCAGUACGCUGUUUGGCGACGCGCGCUUUCCUGUGCUUGCGCCGCCGGCCGUCGACGACGUGCCCAUGGAGGGAAAGAGGCACGAGCAGCGACGCAUCGCGCUGCCGCUCGGCAACGGCACGUCGCGCAGCGGGAGCCCGGGCUACAGGCCACUGCGGCUGCGCAAGCGGGACGAGACGGCGGCGGAGAAGAACGAGCGGUGGCUGAACGGCAAGGGCAAGCGCCGAGCGGACGCGCGCGGCGUCACGGCUCUCGAGCUCGCGAAGGGAUAUAGUGGUGGCAAGCGCAGACAGGAGCAGGAUGUAGAGUAGAAAGCUGAAAUGCUCAAAGACUAAAUGCAAA